ACGUCAUUGGGUGCUGCAACGAGUUCACAAGGGACUUCACUGAGCUUCCUCUCGGAUGGCUCCCCGAGGACCGGCUACAGUCGAGGCUCAUUUGCUUUCUCGCGAAACAGGAUCACAGUGAUGAGACGUAGCUAGGAAAUGGGGAAUUUGGGCUCUCAUUGUACAAGAAGUCGUCUUAAUCGAUGUCAGUGUUGUACAAUCUUUGUACUUUACCUAAACCUGACCUUUGUGUAUACACAAGUCAAACAUGGCGAACACAGGCUUGCAACCAGUGAACUUGUUUCUGGCUAUCUUUCCAAGCAUUUGUUGCGUUUUCAUCGUGUCAGUUCGCGUCGUAGUGAGACUUAAGGGAGGAAAGUUGGGUGUUGACAUACUCACCAGCUAUUACGGCUACCAUAUCCGUGAUAUACCGGAUGGUGCAGUUGAUCCAAUCUUGAUGAUGAAGUGGAACUACGCAAACUCGGUCAUCUACAACCCUAUUCUUGCUUUAGUCAAAGUCUCGUUCCUGAUGACGCUCAUCAAACUCCGAUCGCAGAACAAGUGGAUAAACCGUUGUCUAUGGGGAACACUCGUCAUCAAUGGUUGCUUCGCCAUUGCUGCACCUCUCGCCUGUAUUUUCCAAUGCAGCCCGAUAUCCAAAUACUGGGAUGCCAGUCUACAAGGGCGAUGCGUUGACGCUGGUGCCUACACGGUCAGCACGUCGUCGAUCGUGCUCACGACCGACGUUCUGGUUCUGCUAAUGCCUUCAUGGAUUCUGCACGACCUGAAAAUGCCACUCGGCCGCAAACUCAUGGUCAUUGCAUUCUUGUCCUUUGGAGUCCUUGUUACCGUGAUUGGUGCGGUGCGCACGAGUGUCCUCGUCAAGGUCUUUGUCCUGAGAGAAGUCAAGCCUGAUCCGACAUACGAAGUUGGCUACACCCUUUCGAACAUCGAGUCUGGUCUCGCGAUCAUCGGAACCUGCGGCCCAACGAUCAAGUUCCUUCUCAGCUACUGCAUCCCUUCGCUCAAGAACGCAGAUGAAUCGAGCAAUCGCCAACACAUCUACCCUACUGUUGGCUCUCAAGGAGAUGCUCGUUCGAAACGCUUCACGAGAAAUACGAAGACACACAAUACAGUCAGAGAGAUGGAUGAGAUCGAACUUACCGCUAUGUCGGGCGGAGACAAACGAGCGUCGACAAAGAAUACACAACGUGGAGAUGCAAUGAUGAUUACGAAGACGGUCGCGUGGACGGUGGACAAUGGCCAGGAUAAGGACUCAAAUAGCACGAACGGCGAACAGAUACCACGUGGUAUUCUAUGA